AUGAUGGCGUGGUCCGUUAUCCUGGCCGUUGUGGCCCUCUGCCUGCAACCAAUUCUCGCGGCUUCGUCGUCCGGUUGCGGCAAGGCCCCGACCUUGACCUCACCCAAUGCAUAUAGCCUGACAAUUAAUGGGAAGUCCAGACAGUACUUUGUCAAGUUCCCAGCAAACUACAACCAGACACACCCGUACAAGUUGAUAUUCACCUUCCACGCCCUCGGCGGCACGGCAUCGCAGGUCGUAGCCGGAACCGGUGGCUACUUGCCGUGGUACGGCUUGCCCGCUCUGGACACUGGGAAUACUGGCAUCUAUAUUGCCCCCAACGGACUCAACAAUGGUUGGGCCAACCCUAAUGGCGACGACCUCGCACUCACGGAUGCGAUCAUCAAGACAGUCGAGGCAGACUUGUGUAUUGACCAGGCACACAGAUACUCGACAGGCUUCAGCUAUGGCGCUGGCAUGUCGUAUAGCAUUGCGUGCUCGCGUGCCAAGGACUUCCGCGCCGUCGCCGUUCUGUCAGGCGCAGUGUUGUCUGGUUGCACAGGUGGCAAUGACCCUAUCGCCUAUUAUGGCCAGCACGGGGUCUCAGACAACGUGCUGCCAAUCGCCGGAGACCGCACAAUGCGAGACCGCUUCGUUAAGAACAAUGGUUGCACAUCACAAAGCCCUCCAGAGCCGGCCGCAGGUAGUGGCACACACAUCAAGACGCAAUACUCCGGCUGCAAAUCCGGAUACCCUGUCACGUGGGUUGCAUUCGAUGGCGACCACACUCCACAACCAAAAGACAAGGGCCAGUCAACCACCUUUGCUGCCAAUGAGACUUGGGCUUUCUUCUCUCAGUUUAAACAAGAAUGA